AUAGAAUGUAGGGGUGCUGAAUGGACUUGGUUAUUUCCAUGAUCUCAUUUCUACCUAAUACCAUUAUGUGCCCAUUGGGUCACAAAGGUGAACUCCUUUUCUUUACUUUUGGAGAACAGGACAGGGACACAACAUGGAGUUUAAAUGGCUGCACGUGCAGCCUUGCAACCACUGUUGAAAGCCAUAUUUAACAAUAGAGGUAUCUAAUAUCAUGUAAAUUGAUUAAAAUUAAAACUACAAUUUUUACCCUGAAAGAUGAAAGUGGGGACAAAAUGCCAUUGGUUCUAUGGUUCUUUCACUUGUGAGGAGUGUUGACAGGGUUUGUUCUAAAUACUUCUGAAAGUUCCUGAGCACUAAGAAGCCUGAGGAUCUGUGGUCCUCAGUGAGUGCCUCUGAGCCUUAGUCUCUAACUGUUUUCUGUUUUCAGAGGGCAAUCUGAAUUUUGGAAUAAAAACACUUGAAGAAAUCAAAUCUCAAAAGAUGAAGGAAAAAACUGAGAGACACGGUGAAGAUCCUUCAAGAUCUUCUCUUCCUCCAGUCAAUUCUAUGAUUUUUCCUGCUCCGGAAAAGGAAAAUGUCUGGACAGUGGUGAGAACUGUGACACUGUCUACGAAGCAAAGGGAGGAUCCUGUAAUUCAACUAGAUCUGGCUGAGAAACAAGGAAAAUGGAAAGCCUCCGUGGCUGAUGUAAGCACUCUUCCAGUGAAGCGCAGCCUUGCUGAAAGGCUGGGGAAGAAGUUGGAGGUUCUGGGAAAUGCUGACAAAGCACCCAAGCUACUAAACAGUUCAAGUUCCCAAGUCUCUGAAGGAUUACCUUCUGAACAGACUAGUACUGUGACAGGGAAGGCUGAUAAGCCAAAGGGAGAGAUCCACGUGAAAACACUGGAGAAAAUCCGUCGUGAGAGAACUCUUCAGAGACGAGAAACUCAAGCCAAAGGCCAGGCUGAAGGGCAUGGUAAAACCAAAGAUCCCAGCACAGGGGCAAGACCUACUCCUGCAGUUCACAUCAAAACUUUCUCUGAAGCCUUGGCUGAAAACAAGAAUAAUUGCUUGGUAGAAGAGAAGAAAAAAGCAGGAGAAUCCGAUACCAAGAUCAAAAUUCAGGGUGAGCCCAAGAAGCAGAUUGUGCUCACUCUGUCCAGGCCCAGCAAAGUGUAGUCUAAGGAGCCAGCAGGUAAAGUCAAGCCAGAAGGUGAAGUGUGUGUUAAAACCUUGGUAAAGCACGAGAAAGCUCUGUGGAUGCAGCAGAGUGGAGAAAAUGUGCCAGCUCCCCCAGCACAACCUGGACCUGCCCCAGCAGGGCAGAAAUCAUUAUGGAUCACAAAGCUAACAGCACCUGAAAAAGAAGAAAAGAAGACAGUGGAAUUGAACCGGCCUUUUGCUAAACUUUACUCUGUACCUGAUGUACAGCCCCCUCAACAGAGUGCAACUCGCGCUAAAUUUCAAGUGAAAAGUAUCGACGAGAUACUGUGGGAGGAGCGGCAAUGGAGAGAACAACAAGAGAAGCUUCAGCAGGAGGCAGCUGCCGUCCCAUCUGCUCCUGGCUUCUUUGCCACUGAGCAAGAGGCAGCUCAAUUUCAGGAACAGGAAGCUAAAACCAACUUUACGAUGUUUACGAAGCCUUCGGAUGGGAAAGUCACUUCCCCCAAGAAGAAGGCACUGAAACAUAAGGCACCUGGGAGUUACCCCUCUGCUGUAGCAGCUGUGAAACCCAUGACUGCCUUUGAUGCUGACAUGAUGGGACCUCCAGCCAAAAAAGCAGCUAUGGACUGUUCCAGAAGAAGGACCAUUGGAACACAAUUGUGUGGAAAUAAUCGAACAUACUUAUGCUAG